AUGCUUCGCCUGCAUAAUAGAGCUCUUGGGAAUCUCCAAUCACGAUACGUUUGUUCAACAUGCCUUGUCCGGACUCUAGACCAACGGACAGCAUGGCAUUCGCAAUCUCAGGGCUUUGCCUUGUCGCAUCGCGUCUACUCAACCGAAAACUCAAAUGCGGUAGAUGAGACUGAAUCUACUCCAGCUGCGGCGGCGCCAAACCCUCGAAAGCCCAGAGCUCGUCGAAGAAGAAAAGAAAAACCGACACCGACACCAACACCGACACCGGCAUCGACAACGGAGACCUCGCAAGAAGGCGGAGCAAGCCCGGAAAUCGUCCACCAAUUGUUCUCCUCCUUGAAGAAAUUGGAGCAGAGCUAUGCGUCUAUAAACAAGAAACUCGCCAACUUGCAAGAGUCUGGUCCGAAUGCGCAGUCCCUCGGGUCGCCUCAAUCGGGUUCAGAGACGCCCGGCAAUGAGCCCACAGACUUGUUCAAGUUGCAGACCAGAAAGCUCGGGUCUAGACUGAAGAUAGUGUCUGGCACCCUGGACGUUCUCAAGAGCGUCCUAGAGUCGCAGCAUAUACCAAUUGAAGGCUUGAGGAAAAGGUCGAACCAGGAGAAGGAGACGUCACCUCCAGUCGUCGCCCAAGCCGACAAACCCGCAGACUCACAAGCACGCGCUGCCGAGACACCGAAAGCUGAAGCGACCAAACCGAAGAAGCCGGCGAAAAGGACGAAAUUAGGUCUCACUUCAAGGUCCGAUGCGGCGAAAGAUUCAGCUACACCUGCGUUCCACCCUCCGGCGGAGCAGACAGCGGAUGCUAGCGUAACCACGCUGGCAGGACGUCUGAGGCAAAACCUCCAGCCAGCCGUAUCCUCCGCAAUUUCGUCCGGCCUAGCGUCGUCCGUCGCGCCCGCCGCAUCAGCGAAGCCUGCUACGAAGACCCAGACCCAGACCCAGACCCAGACCCAAAAGCCGGGCCCGAAAUCGUCAAAACGACAUAAAGCACCGUUGAGUGUUCAAGUAGUGAGGGCGAACAAACUGGAAAUGGUGCCCGUGGAGAGGCCGGGGGGGCCGGAGGCUCCCGCCCUAGCCCAUGGACUUGAUCGAGUGUUGUUCAACCCCGGCGUCUACCACCUGCAGGAUCCUAGGUCGCGGGUGUACAACUUUGACCCUUACCUAUCCAGGAUCAUGCCAUUGAGCGAAUUCGACUUCAGCGCUCUGAAGCAAUACGUCACCUCUUCGAAAGACUCGACCCUGCUGGAGCUCGCCUCCAAGCUCGGCAAGAAAUAUAGCGGUUCGACGUCGAGUAUGACGGCGAUGCUCUCUCACUUCCACUACCUCCUUUCCGCCUGGCGGCCCGUCAACCCCAAAGACCUGAGCAGAAACCUCGAGCCGGACUAUACCAGCUUUACCCAGAUUCUCCGUGCGCCGGCCGCGACGUUCUUGCAUCAUCGCGAUGGAGUGUACGCCAUUGACGCCGACAAAGAGUUUGACUCGGCCAACAUCCUCAGCAUGCUCGGGAAGUCUAUGGAGAAGCUUCUGACCCUCCCGAAAGAAGAGUUUGAACGAUACCGUCACCAGAAUUCAGAUCAGAUUACCGAGGAGGAACGCAACGCCGAGGAAGCCUUCCACUUUUCCACUUUGGGAGACUUCCUGAUGCGAUCGCAAUUAGAUGCUUAUGACAAGAGGCUACCCGGUACGGGCAUGUUCGACCUCAAGACCCGAGCCGUCGUCUCCAUCCGUAUGGACGCCCGGGGCUUCCAUAAGGGCCUGGGUUAUGAGAUUCGACGCCGCUUUGGACAAUGGGAGUCUUUCGAGCGAGAGUACUACGACAUGAUGAGGGCUGCCUUCCUGAAAUACUCGCUGCAGGUCCGCAUGGGCCGCAUGGACGGCAUCUUUGUCGCUUUCCAUAAUACACAACGCAUCUUCGGCUUCCAGUACAUCCCCUUGGAGGAGAUGGACAACGCAAUCCAUGGGGUCAACGAUCGCAAUCUUGGCGAUCAAGAGUUCAAGUUGAGUCUGCACUUGCUCAACAAGGUCUUCGACCGCGCAACGGAACGGUUCCCCGGGCGGACACUCCGGAUCCAUGUGGAAACGCGCCCUGGCGACCCGCCUUUCAUGUAUAUCUUUGCCAAGCCCGUUGUGCCCAAGGAAGUGGAGCAAGUUCAGAACGCCAACCAGGCUGCUGUUGCCGAGUUUGAGCGCCAGCUUCUCGGCCUCGAACAAGCGGAGGCGGAGGCGACCGAGACACCUGACCUGGAGGGUGAGCAAUCCUUGGGCCUCGACGAGGAAGAAGUUACUCUCACCACCGAGGCCAAACGGAGGACUGUAGCAUUCUGGGAAGAGAUGCAGGACAAGGUAGAGGAGGCUGUGGAAGACGAUGCGCUUGGUGUCAGCCACGUUCGGGAUGCCAUUCAAGACGCCCUCGAGCAGAGCGGCCUGCUAAAGGCCAGGUCUCCCGAAGAAGCCCAAAAUUACGUCCAGGCUCUGCUUGAUGCCCUUACUGGAGGAGAUGCCUCGGAGAAUGCCGCCAGUGCGCCGAAGACAGAGGAGGAGCCGUCCACUAGUCCUGAGGCGGCGGCCGUGGAUACCUCGCAGGCUGAAACUCCAGCGACGUCAGAACCAACAUCUUCGGAGACUGCCGGGGACAGCCUGUCUCCAUCUCCGGAGUCUUCCUCUUCUCGCUCGUCCGAUCGCAGCCUGAAGGAGCUCAUCCUUCGUGUUGCUGAGCGAGUGGACGAGAAGGCGGACUCGGACGGCCCAAUCCAGCAGGUAUCCGACGACGUCGCCUCAGACACAUCGAAGCUGCGCGAGUUCGAAAGAAUCCUCUCCCAAUUAGUGGAAACGUCCCGGGUAUCAGGGACCGAAACCAGCUCCGCCUCUGCGCGCCCUGAUGAAGGCAAUGUUCCGCAGCCGACGUCGUCUCCGACCACCCACGCUUCCACGGCGUCUGAAACAGCCAAACCCACGGACAAGUCAGACACGAACGCACCAGAAGGCGCGGCGUCCUCUGCAGAAGAAUCAUCAGCCACACCCGAAGAGCCCGAGGAACCCGAAGACGAGAUUCUGGGAAUGCAUCUCAUGGUCCGGAACAAGGUCAAUGGCGAGUACGUGGACCGGCCGGACGGCACCGUCCCCAACCUCCGCUGGACCGUGGAGUAUUCCCUCGAGGAGAUCCCGACCAAGAAGGCCAGGAAGAUCUACAAGGCCAUCCAGGACCGGCGGAAGAAGGCCCUGCAGUCCGACAGCAUUGAACAGGACAGGCAGUGGUAUCAUAUGUGGAAGGGCAAGCUGGCGCAGCUCAGCGCGCGGGGACGGAGGUUCCGGGAGAGACAGGAGGCGAAGGGUCGCAAGGAGCCGGUGCACGUAAUGGACGUGCAGGAGCCCCUGACGUGGGAGGAGGCGUUCGCGCACCAUGAGCAGUGGGGGACGAAGAAGGAAUAG